CUUAUUGGAGGGGUGAACAGUUCCUUAAAGAUUAAUAUUUUAUUUUACUUUUUGGUUGAUUCACACUGCUGUUGUUUUCUGCUUGUGGUUGACCCAUUCAAGCUGCACUUUUCUUAUACAUGUGAUUCGUUCGGACAAAAUCAAUUUUGACCUGCUCUUAGAUGUUGUACCCGUGCUUUCUUCUAUUUCAUUACAUAUUUUCUUUUCCAAGAUUUUCGCAUGAUAUGGAUCAAAGACAUGUUUUUUGUUCUUUCUUCUAUCUCUUAGUUCUUCCAUUGAGGACCUAGUUCAUCUUGCUGAUCAUGGUAGUCUUGCAUAUGUCAGUUAAUUCCUUUCAAUAACAUAUUGCAAUUUCUAGGCAACCUCAUUGUAGUUUUCAUUGCUUCGUACCUCACAGGGCACCUGAACUUCUAUUGGGAGCAAAGCAAUAUUCAACAGCUAUUGACAUGUGGUCGCUAGGUUGUAUAAUGGCAGAACUUUUAGCGAAGGAACCGUUAUUCAAUGGGAAAACUGAAUUUGAUCAGCUUGACAAGAUAUUCCGAACUCUGGGCACACCAAGCACAAAGAUAUGGCCGGAGUUUGUUGAAUUGCCUGGGGUCAAGGUCAACUUUGUAAAGCAGCCGCUUCCAGCUAUGGGUGAUGCUGGUAUAACAAGCUGCAUGAUAAGUUCCCACCCACAUCUUUCUCUGGACGCCCAACCCUUUCUGAGGCUGGAUUUGACUUAUUGAACAAACUGCUUACAUAUGACCCUAAAAAGAAGCAGCAGAAGAUGGACGGGCAGUGUUAUCUCAGGGUCCGCCAAGCAUGACGGCACCGGUGAUGACAGGCACGACCAUGACUUUGUAUUAUUUGUGGAACCUAAUGUUGUGUAACAGUUUGAUUGAGUUAAACUUUAAAUAGACUAUUGUUAACUGUUUUGUUGGUA